UAUUCAUGCGCUCUUCACGGUGCCGCGCGUACUGCAGCCAUACAGCACCCAAAGUUGACGUUUCAGAUGCAAGACGGUUUGCUGCGGAAUGAAAUGCUGAUCAGCGAUUUGCGGACUAUAUUGUUCAUCUGCGUUUGAAAUACGAUCUAAACUGGUCCCUCUGUCCCAUCUCUCGUCAGUGAUCUGUGCUCCUUCUUGGCCUAUAUAACUUUUACCUUCCCCCUCUGGAUUUACAACAGAUUUCUGUCCUCAAGACACCGAUGGAAGGAGCUGUAGUCAUAGCAACUCAUCCCCCUCCUCCCCCUGGCCCCUCUCAACUCCCUCACACACCUCCAAACACACAGGAGUCAUCUCUCCAUCCCACCCCUGAACCUCCUCCUCUCCCACCUCCCCCCCCCCCACCCCCACCUCCCCCCGCCUCCCCAAGAGGAGGCUGCGAUGCCUUCUCCCGUAGCGUACAUCGUCGUUCCAAGAUGAGGAACUUUAACUGGGAUGCCAUCCCCCGUCAGUCAGUCCUUGGGAAGAAGAACGUGUGGACGUCCCAGAGGCCCAUGGUGGACUUUGAGCUGGACACCCAGAGGAUGGAGGAGAUGUUUAGCCAGUCUGAUACUCAACUGCCUCUGCGAAAGACUGGGCCUGUCAAGAAGACCAUCAGGGGCCUGUCCCUAUCCACACAGGGCCUACAGAGGGUCUUAAUCCUCAACUCUAAGAAGAGUAUGAAUGUUGGGAUCUUUCUGAAGCAGUUCAAGAGGCCGGUGAGGGACAUAGUGGAUGACGUCAGAAGGGGGAACUGGCUGAGGUUUGGAGCAGGAAAACUUAAGGAGCUCUGUAAACUAUUGCCAGAGGAGGGAGAGGUGAAGAAGCUGCGGUCGUUCAGUGGAGACCUGACCCAGCUGUGUGAGCCGGACCUCUUCAUGGUGCUGCUAGUUAAAGUACCUGGCUAUGAGGAGCGUCUGAGGACUCUGAUGCUGAGAGAAGAAUUGUUCCCUCUGAUAGAUGAGAUGAAACACUCCAUCGCUGUCAUGACCAAGGCAGCUAAUGAGCUGUUGGUCUGCGAUGAUCUCCACUCAAUCAUCCGCCUGGUGUUAAAGGCCGGGAACUACAUGAAUGCUGGCGGGUACGCUGGCAGUGCCAUCGGUUUCAGGAUGGCAUCUCUACUAAAGCUGGCAGACACCAAGGCCAACAAACCUGGCAUGAACCUCUUGCACUACGUCACCAUGCAAGCACAGGAAAUAGACGUUGCCCUGCUGAACUUCCCUGAGCAGCUUCAACACAUUGGGAUGGCUGCAAGGGUGCAGAAGCAGGAGGUGGAGUUAGACUUUCAGAGGGAGGCGGAGAAGGUGAAGGAAGCUAAGAUGGACGCCAGCACACAGCCUGAGCUUCAGUUACAGAUGGAGACCUUCCUCAUGAGGGCGGAGGCCAGGCUGGCUGACCUCCAGGCCUGUCUGUUGAACCUCAACUCCCUGAGCCAAGCUGUAGCAGAGUAUUUCUGUGAAGACCCAGCCACAUUUCGACUGGAGGUCUGCUGCUCCAUAUUCCACUCAUUCUGUGAGCGCUUCAACAGGGCUGUUCAGGAGAACCGUGAGCGUGAGGCAGCCGAGCUGAGACGCAGGCAGAGGGAGAGGUUCUGUAAUGUGGCCAAGCGUCGCUCCACUGCCACCUGCUCUGACCUGGAGCCCGCCGGUCCUGGCUCUGCCAUGGAGUCUAUCCUCCACAGCUUCCUGACCACCAUACACCCCAGGGGCCCGGCAAGGCGCAGACGCCACCACCUCCCCCCUGUGAUGUUGUCCCCCAUCGGGGGCUCGCCCAUUGAGCCCUGCCCCAAGUCCAACCCCCUGGCCGAUGAGCCAGAGACUAGAGCUGAUCCAGGGCCUAGCCGGUUCACCAGACCAGGAGGGAGCACCCUGGGUGGGGAGGCAGGUGUGGUGACACCCCGGAAGGACCAGGAGGACCAGGGGCAGAGGGAGAAGAAGAGAGGGGAGGGCUGGCCCAGGGAGCUGGGUAGCCCUGAUGCGGUGGUGGAGAGGUUGGAUGGGGGGGUGGAGAAGGACUCCUAUCUGGACCCCCCUUCAGAGCAGAAGGAGAAGGAAAACGAGGGGGAGACAGCGACCCCAGGGGACCAGUGGAGAUAUUUUGGGUCAAAUAGAGCCUCUUCCAUCAACCAGAAACGGACCCCUAAGAGCUGUGGCCGUCGCAGCCUGUCGUCCAUCGACCAGAAACGGACCACUAAGAGCUGUGGCCGUCGCAGCCUGUCGUCCAUCGACCAGAAACGAACCACUAAGAGCUGUGGCCGUCGCAGCCUGUCCCCUCGCCAACACACACCCCCCACCCAGGAGGAGGAGAAGAGAGCGGGCGAGGAGAAGGAAGAGGUGCAGAGGAUGCGUGUCGUGUCCAGGAAGAUGCUUCGCUACCAGACUGGCCGAGGCAGGCUAUCUGCUGACCUAGAACAUCCUGAACUGCCAGAGUUGGGUGACAAAGCGAGCUUCGUCCCCCAAAACCACACCCCCCAACGCUCCACACCUCACCCUCUCCACCCCCACCCUAUUUCGCAACCCUCCACCCCUCACCCCAGGGAGAUGAGAGAGGUAGACCUGGCUCUCUGUAACAGCAUGGAGAACCUGGGCUCUCCCUGGAUCAUCCUCAGCCCCCAAAUCUCACCCCAAAACCAAACCCCCCACAGACAACACUCCUUCUUCGCCCCCAGCGCCGACGAUGGCCUUGACGAUGGUGUCUGGUCAUUGCCCCCCACCCCCACCCGCCCUACCACCCCCACCCGCCCUUCCACCGCCUCCCACCCUUCCACCGCCACCUGCCCCCUCUGGUGCUGCUGGGGAGGAUGAGGGCUAUGGAGGGACACCCUGGACCCUCGGACCUCCAUGGAGAAGCAGGGAGGGGGCCCAUGUCCCUGCCUGACUGCCCCAGUCAGAGAGCUCUGUCCCAGGGCCCCAUGCUUCGCUCUCUCUCCCUGGAUGAGUCUGGAGGGAGCCAGGCUCCAGGAUUCAGAUUCCGCCUUGGGGACCUGUUUCAGAGACGUACCGCGCUGUGGUCCCCAGUUGGUGCUGAGACUGAGACAGGGUUUGCUACAGAGGCUCAUAAACCCUUGGAGAGGCAGAACAGUAGUUCUGGGAUUGUGUCCUUCUUCAGACGCUUUGGGGAGAGGAGAUGAGCCAGCUUGGAGGAACAGGGCUCCCGAGGAACAUAUACUUAACGAGGGGAGGAUAGAGGAUUUGUCUUUAUUUUUUUUCUUUUAGUAUUUGUGUUGAUCUUAUUUCAUUUUUAAAGUGACUCCUACUCCUAUUUGAGGGUGACCGCUCUUUUAAUGAACAGCCCAAGGUAAACAUGCACUUACCUUGGAUGGGAGACCUCUGUCUCUGUGGGGCUGAGAGGCUUAUUGUUUUAAAACUGUUCCAGAUCGUACCCUAUUCCCUACCUAGUGUACUCCUUUUGACCAAAGCCUUGUAGGCCCUGGUAUAAAGUAGUGCACUUCAUAGGGAAUAGGGUGCCCAUUUGAGAGGCACAGUAAGUGAACCACGUAUGCACAUCAUACCACUUUUAAUUCUUCACAGAUCCAGAUAAAAAAAAUGGUCUUUGUACAAGACCAAAACACAGCUCUCCUUUUUAGCGUGUACAUGAUCUCAGGUAUAGUGUGAAACAACAGAAUAUACUACCGUCACACUUGAAAAAAACAUUUUAAAUUUGUUAUCUUAAGUGUAAUUUUUAUGUAAUAAAACGGGUCUUUCUA